AUGGAAAAUAAACUUCUUCUUGACUUGAAUGAACAAUUGAAAAGUAUUGAUGUUGAUAGUAAAAGAUUAGAUGCAAUCAUUCAAUUAAAAGCUUGGCAGAAGAAAAUGACGAGUUUGAUUGAACAAAUUUAUUCGAAUCGUAUGAAUGAUAUUGAUAUCAUGGCAGCGAACAUCGAAGAAGAAAUUAAGGAAAAACAAUCUGAACUCGAACGAACACGAAAGAAGAAUACACACACACUUUUGAAGUUACAACAUCAAAUCGAUGAGCUCAAACCGAAUAUUAUUGUCGAACAACAAAUUCCGGAUAAUCUUCAUGAACUUCUCGAACGAACUAUUCGAGUGCAAUGUGACGAUGUCUCAAUAGACGACGAUUUAGUGAUUAUCGAUAUUCAUAAACAUGAAGAAAAAUCUAGCGAAAAAAUCUAUGUUGUUCUUCCACAUUCUACGGCAAACAAACCGGAAAAUCCUGUCUCGAAACUUCUCACAUCCGAACCUGUCCAACAAGCACUAGCCGUUGGUAUCGUCAAAACUUUAACUCAUGUGGGCACUAUAGCUGCAACAAAUACGACGACAGUUGCUGCAACGACAAUGGCCAAAACAGCGCUUUUAACAACGGCUUGUGGCUUGAGCACUAUAGCUUACGGUAUGGCAGCGAUUGCAUUGGGUACAACGAAAAAAGUCUGCUCUUUUGUACUUUCGUCAAAUAGUUAA